AUGAUCGGGGUGGUCAAGCGACUCUCUCGCGUCGAGGGCGUCCGGCACACCAUCUACGCCGAUGACAUCACGCUGUGGGUUCAGGGAGGCAGCGAUGGUCACAUUGAGAGCACGCUGCAGGAAGCCGUCGACGCGAUCGAAGACCAGCUGAACGGUUCCGGUUUGAUCUGCUCACCGAGCAAGUGCAGAACUGCUGGUGUUAACACCGAACCUGAACGGCUCUCUGUCCUGCUUGUAAACUGUCGCAACAUAAAGAACAAAGUCGAUAACUUUAUGUCUUUAGUAGCCAAUGUUAAACCUCCGAUUGUGAUGGGCACCGAAUCAUGGUUAGACAAGACUAUACCUAAUGUAGAAAUCUUUCCGCCUGGUUUUACUGUCUAUCGGAAAGAUAGGCAUGGACAUGGCGGGGGAGUAUUCAUUUUGAUAUCAAAUGCAUUGUCAAGUACAGAAAUUUUAUUUGAAAACAAUUCCGAGUCUGUCUGGUGCCUUGUGAAAUUGCCUAACGGAAACAAUGUAGUGUACGGGACAUUCUACCGCCCACCCGGCAGCAGCGACUCAUUCGGAUUGCUGUCUGAGAUGCUAUCUCUUCUGCCUAAUAGCGUAUUUCUAGGGGGGGAUUUCAAUUUGCCAGACUUCAACUGGAAUGCCGGAUGUGUGGCUGGUAAUAGGUCCCAUAUUUACACAGCGUUCGAAGAACUGCUCAGAUUAAAUGGAUUGCAGCAGUACGUACUCGAACCUACGCGAGAAAAUGCAAUUCUAGACUUAGUACUUUGCAAUGAGCCGAACAUAAUAUCAAAAGUUACUAUUUGCCCAGGCAUCUGA